AUGUGCGGCGACUCCCAUCUCCCCCCAGCUCCAGAGUCCGGCGACCUGAUCGCCAUAAUCCACCCGAAUCCACAAUCAUCGUUUCGAGGGAGACUGAGAUUGUCAAAUCACGCGCCAGGAGCAACCUCAACCACUCUCCAAUGUGCGAGCAAGGAGCCAAAUGAGUGUGGACUGAAUUCGGUCUUGAAUGUGAGAAUCCACAAAUAUGGGCAACCACUUUCAAGAUCUUCAUAUUCCGGUGCCGAUUCAGAUGAGGAGAAUGAAUUCGACCCCUCAAAUCCCGUGCUGUAUUCGUUCUUUGUUGGCACAGACGGCGGUUCAAGAACCAGUGAUUUGAGGCUCAAUCUUAGUGUUGGCGCGGAUGGCGUCGUUGGACGGACAGUAUCGAUUUUUGAUGGUCGGAGGAAAAAGGUUCUUGGAGAAGGAGUUAUUGGAUGGAGCUGA